GGUUGCUAUGAGAUCCGCGGGGGCAGAGGACCAGCAGCCAGCCUGGCGCUGAUGGGUCUCACCGCGUUCUAAACCUUUCUUUUGACACAGUUUUAGAGUUGUUUAAUAUCUGAGCAAGCACCUGACACGGAUGACUUUUUCCUUCUCUCAGUCCCUCGGGUAAGAUGGAGGUAGAAAAUGAAGCCAGCUGCUCCGCGGGGAGCGCAUCAGGCGGGUCCAGAGAGUACAAGGUGGUGAUGCUGGGAGCAGGGGGAGUUGGUAAAAGCGCAAUGACAAUGCAGUUCAUUAGUCAUCAGUUCCCUGAUUAUCAUGAUCCUACUAUAGAAGAUGCUUACAAGACCCAGGUUAGGAUUGACAAUGAACCAGCUUAUUUGGACAUCUUGGACACUGCUGGUCAGGCAGAAUUCACAGCCAUGAGGGAGCAGUACAUGCGAGGUGGAGAGGGCUUCAUCAUCUGCUACUCCAUCACUGACCGUCAAUCGUUCCAAGAGGCUGCCAAGUUUAAAGAGCUCAUUUUCCAGGUCCGCCACACCUAUGAAAUUCCUCUAGUGCUGGUGGGCAACAAAAUUGACCUGGAACACUUCCGCCAAGUCUCUACAGAAGAAGGCUUGAGUCUGGCCCAAGAGUAUAACUGUGCUUUUUUUGAGACCUCUGCAGCCCUCAGAUUCUGUAUUGAUGAUGCUUUUCACGGCUUAGUGAGAGAAAUCCGCAAGAAAGGGUCCACGCCCUCCCUGAUGGUAAAGAAACUGAAGAGAAAAGACAGCUUGUGGAAGAAGUUAAAAGCUUCACUGAAGAAGAAGAGAGAAAAUAUGACAUGAUAUCACUGCUUCUAAUUCCCUCACUCUCUUUCUCUCUGAAUUUUAUUUGACAGACAAUUCCAAAUGUGGCAUUGUGCUUCAAUAUUCUCUCUCUGUCUCUCUCUCUCUCUCUCUCUCUUUCAAUAAUCUGCCUGUAGGUAAAAGCAAGAGCUGCAUAGCUGUACUUCUUGAGAUAGUUUUGUUUUGCUGUUAACAGUUGGAUGGAUUUUGUCAAUCAGCCGGAUAUGCUGUUUAGUUUUUACAAUAUAUUACUAAAUAAAAUUGACAUUCUAAUUGCCUCA